UGAGAUGUGCCUUGAUAUUAAAUACAAAAACAAUAAAUGUGUCCAUUUGUGUCUGAAGAAGGACGGAGAUGAAAGCAUUAGCCUGGCUUGUGAAGAUAAAAACAACUGCGAGGGCAGCUCCAGCUCCAAACCAAUGCAAAUCUUUGUCAACAACCAGUUUAUCAACACUGCACAACAAAAAAUCUGUUUGCCAUCCUCAACUCCAAACAAUAAUAAAAAAGUACAGAUUAAAUUUAAAUGUGCUCAAAACAAUGUUAGUCUAUGUGCUGAUAAUGAUAACAGUACAAAUUUGAAUCUCUACCAGGAAGCAAAAAGUUGGAUUGAUGCGAUGGAGCACUGCCAGAGAGGAAAUUCCUCCGUAGUUGAAAUUACCAACCAGAGAGAUAAUGAUAAAUUAAAGGGGCUGUGGAAAUAUGCCAAAGACUUAAAGAGUGGGCUGUGGAUUGGCCUAGAACGGUCAGUUUUUGGCAAAAAUCCUGAGUGGAAGUGGAUUUCAGGAUCUAAAGUAGAGUAUCAUCAGUGGAACAACAGCUAUCCUGUCAACUCCUUAAACUACAACUGUGGAAAGAUCAUCUUGGUUAAUGAGACAAACGAAAUCAAGUGGAUGAAUGCCAACUGUCACGACAAAUUGCCUUUCAUCUGUAAAAGUUUGAAUGAAAUACCCUGCCAUAAUAAUGUAACUACACUGCAUGCAGAGAUUUGCAUGGACCAUGAUGAACAGUCUACAUCACAAAUCCCCUGGGAUGAUUGCAAAGAAUGUCUCAAUAUCCCCACAGUUGAGAUGAAAACACUAAAAGAAAUUCCACAAUAAUGGAAAGAAAUAGUGAUUGUGUGCUCUGUGGACUGGGAUGCAGUCAGAUGCUGAGGUCAUGGCAUUCCGAUUCCUGGCAUCCAAGAGCUUGUGAUAUAGAAUGUGGAAAGAGCCUAAGCUGGUGCUUGGUUUUUUGUACAUAACGUUUGUGCUAUCUGUAUGUACACUACAUGGAUAUCUUUCUGCAAUCC